AGGUUUCUUUUCUGUAGCUUGAAAAUAUAUAGGAUUUAUUUCUUUGUGCUCCGUGGGAGAUUCUCUCUAUAAUAUAAUGACCCAAUUAGUCUGCAUACUAUCGAUUCUGGGACUUCUCUACAGUUUAGCAAUUUCAGAAAAAUGCGACAAACCCCUCGGUUUGGAGUCUGGAAAUGUACGUCCUGAUGACAUACAUGCGUCCAGUGAACUGGACAAGUGGCACGGACCGGAUCGAGGCAGGCUUAACCUUAGGCCAGAUUUGAACGCUGGUGGCUCGUGGACAGCUAAAACAAAUGACCAGAGCCAGUGGAUACAGGUUAACAUGAGGCGUGUUCUUAAUGUAUCUGGUAUCAUAACACAAGGAAGGAGUGGACACUACAGCCAAUGGGUAACAUCAUUCAUUGUACUUUACAGCAUGGAUGCGCAAAUUUGGGAAAAUGUAACAGACAUUGUAGGCGACACAAUGACUUUUGCAGGAAAUGAUGAUCAAGACACUGAAGUAACAAACAUGUUCUCUUCUCCUGUGAUGGCGUUGUAUAUUCGCUUAACACCAACGUCUUGGCAUGAACAUAUCAGUUUAAGAUUUGAAGUUCUUAUCUGCAAAGAAACAGAAAACAAAAAAGCUAUUAACGAGUCUUGUACAACAAACGCACUAGGGAUGGAAUCUCGCAGAAUUCCAAGUAUUAAUAUCCAAGCAUCAAGUGAGCUGAGGGAUAACUUUGGCGCCCGACGUGCUAGACUCAACUCUGUAAGCGAUAGUGACGGACACGGUGGGUGGAUAGCGGCAAAAAACAAUAUGAACCAAUGGAUUCAAGUUGACUUAGGCGCAUCGAAAUACGUGACUGGUGUAAUUACUCAGGGAUAUGAAAACGGAUGGGUUACCAGGUUUGAAAUACAGUAUGGCGAUGAUAGAAAUAUUAAAGAAUGGAAGACGGUUCGACUCGGCACAGGUUCUCCGGUUGUAUUUGAGGGUAAUUUGGAUGGGGACACAGCUGUGACGAAUAUUUUUCCCGAGUUGAUAAUUACCAGAUUUUUGCGUAUUCAUCCUGUUGAAUGGCACUAUUGUAUUUUAUUAAGGUUCGAGAUUCUCGGGUGCCCAGGCAGACUAAAUCCGCAGACAAACUGCUCAGAUGUGUUUGAAAUGACUUCAGAGAAAGUAUCGUUGACGGCGUCUAGCAAUUAUCUGGUGGGACGAUAUUGGUUUCCAGAUUAUGACCGCGAACACCCCUGGAUACAGGCAGAUUUUGGCGUGAUUAAAAAAAUUACUGGUGUUACUACACGUGGAUCAGUAACCUCGUUUACAAUUCUUUAUAGCAUGGAUGGAAACAAUAUGGAAACGGUCAUUGGAGAAGGCAAUCACGUAAUGGAAUUUCCAGGGAACGUCAAUGAUGUUGAGAAAGUUAAUAUCUUUAUGGAACCUGUCAUAACACAGUUCAUAAGAAUUCAACCUAUGAGUUGGAAAAGUAGAGUCACCUUGCGUUUUCAGAUAAUCGUAUGUCCAGGAAAUAUUUCUUUAGACGAAAGAUAUCAACCAUUGGGAAUGGAGUCACGUGAUAUCCCAUCUGGUGAUAUUGAAUCUUCGAGUAAAUGGGAUAAUGCUCAUGGUCCUCGUCGUGCAAGACUCAACAACAUUAAAGAUAGUGACGGAAGGGGAGCAUGGAGUUCACGGUACAACACAAACAGCCAGUGGAUCCAAGUCAACUUCAGAAAGUUAACGAACAUAUCUGGAGUGAUAACUCAAGGACGUUCUGAUGUAAGCCAAUGGGUGGAAUCAUAUCAAGUUCUGUACAGCACCAAUGGAGAUGAUUGGUCAGUCAUUCUUAAUAGCCUCGGAACGCCUAAGACAAAUGCAACAAUCGUUUAGGAAUGGAGUCACGAGAUAUACCAUCAGAUGCUAUUGUAACUUCGAGUGAUUGGGAUAGUAAUCAUGCUGGCCGCCGAGCGAGGCUCAACAUAUUACCA